AUGUCAGUGAGGGGCUUGGACCCCCCCUGUCCCCCUUCCAUAAAGCAUGAGCCCUCCAGCCCCAGCUCCCAGGGGGACAGCCCAGCCCAACCCAGUCCCGGGGGAUCCUCCUCGGACAACAACUCCAGCUACGGCCCCCUGGGCAAGGGCCACAACCGCACCAACGGCUUGGACUCACCAGGGCUCUAUGGACACAAAGCGGGCAUGGGGAACAACGGCACAGCCAACAGGCGGGUGCGGUUGUGUGGUGAGGAUGGCCAAGUGAAGUGUGAGUUCAUGCUGGGUUCUGUGGCUAAGAGGCUGUGUCUGGUGUGUGGAGACGUGGGGUCUGGGUACCACUACGGAGUGGCCUCCUGUGAGGCCUGCAAGGCCUUCUUCAAGAGGACCAUUCAGGGUAACAUCGAGUAUAGCUGCCCUGCCACCAGUGAGUGUGAGAUCACCAAGCGGAGGAGGAAGUCGUGUCAAGCCUGUCGCUUCAUGAAGUGUCUCAAUGUCGGCAUGAUGAGAGAAGGUGUGCGUCUGGACCGGGUGCGUGGGGGCAGACAGAAGUACAAGAGAAGGAUAGACUCUGAGAACAGCCCCUACCUCAACCCUCAACACGGCCUGCCACAGAAGAGAACAUUUCCUCUAGGUGGUCUGGUAGAGAAUAAGGUGGUCUCUCUCCUGCUGGUGGCUGAACCAGAGAGUAUCUUUGCCAUGCCAGACCCCACCGUCCCCGACAGUGACAUCAAAGCCCUGACCAUACUGUGUGACCUUGCCGACCGCGAACUGGUGGUCAACAUCGGCUGGGCCAAACACAUCCCUGGUUUCCCCUCACUCUCGCUGGCAGACCAGAUGAGUCUACUGCAGAGCGGUUGGAUGGAGAUUCUGAUCCUGCGUGUGGUGUUUCGCUCGCUGGCCUUGGAGGAUAAGCUGGUGUAUGCUGAGGACUACAUCAUGGAUGAGGAGCAGUCCAAACUGGCAGGUGUACUGGACCUAAACAACGCCAUACUGCAGCUGGUGAAGAAAUACAAAGCCAUGAGAAUAGAAAAAGAGGAAUUUGUUAUUGUCAAGGCCAUUGCGCUGGCUAACUCAGACUCCAUGCAGAUAGAGGACGUGGAGGCAGUCCAGAGGCUCCAGGAUGUGCUCCAUGGGGCCCUGCAGGACUAUGAGAGUGCCCAGCAUACAGAGGACCCUCGGCGGGCAGGCAAGAUCAUCAUGACCCUGCCCCUGCUCCGGCAGACAGCUGCCAGGGCCGUCCAGCACUUCUGCAGCAUCAAGCAAGAAGGCCGUGUGCCCAUGCACAAGCUGUUCCUGGAACUGCUGGAAGCCAAGGCCUGA